AUGGUCGACGCCGCGCUGAGCUCCCUUCUACGUUGGUCGUCCGCUACUUUGGACGCAACGAGUGUUAUCAGUGAUCGAAGCCAAUCGUGUAAGCGGGUAAGGAGAGUGCGUUUUUUUUUGCCUGAGGUGACCCGGCACGAGUCUGCCUCUGACGAGACACAGCAGAGCGCCAAUAACACCAUGCCGUCUGGAGCAUCAGGACAAGAAGGAGAACAAGGAGACACAAAGGACGAGGACGAAAUCCGCGAUGGCGUUGAGGGAAGAAGGUGCCGAACCCAUCGGCCUGUCUAUGUCGUUGCUAUCGCCUGGCGCAGGCAGGUCCAUCAGGUGAGAUGUCAACCUAUGGUGCUCAGUAUCUGGAAAAAAAAUCUUCUGCUUCAGGAGAGCACCGACGGGCUCAAGGACCGGUUAAAGCUUUCGGAACGCCCGAGCCAGUGCCAGUGA